AUGGAGCCCGAGCACCCGUCCCGCAUCAGGACCAUCUCCCAAGGCUGUCACAGGCCCAGUUCCGAGCACCACGUCAAGUCCAGUUCUGCCUCUUGGGAAAAGAAAUCACCAUUUUGUGCAAACACAAUCGGCUUCCCCACGCUUGACAGUGAAGAGCAACUUAAGGUGCAGUGUGCUGCCGGAACUCCGGCCUCCGAGCAGCCGUCGGGGAAGAUUAACAAAGCUGCUUUCAAAUUAUUCAAGAAGAGGAAAUCGGGUGGCACCAUGCCCAGCAUAUUUGGGGUCAAAAACAAAGGGGAUGGGAAAGGCGCGGGUCCGCCGGGCAUGGUGAGGAGCAGGACCCACGACGGACUAGCCGAGGUGGUGGUGCUGGAGGGCGGCAGAGUGCGGACGGCCGAGGAUACCUCCAGGACAGGUGACGUUCCGAUAAAGACCGUCCCCCUUGUCGACUCCGACUGUGGCAGCGGCCGGGCGUCUGCCGUCCCUGACCCUUCCUCUGUUGAUCCGCCCUCAGACCCAUCGACCGAUCGUAUUUGUUUGAUGUUUUCUGACGUGACUUCACUGAAAAGCUUUGACUCUCUUACAGGCUGUGGAGAUAUUAUUGCAGACCAAGAGGACGAGGCAGGGCCCAGCUGUGACAAGCAUGCCCCGGGGACAGGCAAGCCAGGUGUGUCUAAAAAGAACCCCAGCGUGGUGGCCUACCAAGGAGGCGGGGAGGAGAUGGCGAGCCCGGAUGGGGUGGAUGACACCUAUCUGCAGGAAUUCUGGGACAUGCUCUCCCAGACUGAGGACCAAGGACAAGGGCCCCCCGAGGGACUGGCUAAGGCCGCCUCAGCACUGGACGCCAAGGGGGCUCCCGAGACCUCCAAAGACACCCGGGGGGUCGAAGUGGCCAAGGACGUGUCCUCGGUCAAGCGCAGGAGGCUCAACCGCAUUCCCAUUGAGUCGCAGCCCAAGGAGGAGCCCAAGCACCUGCAGAAGGAGCAGCAAGAAGGCGUCCCCAACAGUGACGAGGGCUACUGGGAUUCCACCACCCCAGGCCCCGAGGAAGACGGCACGGGCAGCGGGAAGAAGGCGGGCAUCUCCAGGGAUAGCUACAGCGGCGAUGCGCUCUACGAUCUCUACGCGGAUCCGGAUGGAAGCCCGGCAGCCCUUCCUGCCAACGAGGAGGCGUCCUGUGUGUCUAGGUUAAAGCCCGUGUCCCCAGGCACCAUCACCUGUCCACUGCGAACACCAGGCAGUUUGCUGAAGGACUCUAAAAUCCCCAUCAGCGUCAAGCACCUCGCCAACCUUCCGUCCAGCCAUCCCGUGGUGCACCAGCAACCAGCCAGGAGCGAGGUGCCCAGAACAAAAAUCCCAGUGUCCAAAGUGCUCGUCCGCAGGGUCAGCAACCGAGGCUUGGCUGGGACCACCAUCCGGGCAGCGGCCUGCCACGACAGUGCCAAAAAGUUGUGAGGUCUCUGAGGCCAAGAUGGAUGGACCACAUGUCAAGGAAUACAACUUUCCCUGGUAACCACUGAAAUAAGUUUUGCUUUUCCUAAAGAAAGGCUUUGAGGACCGUCUCUGCUACAGAGCCUGGACGAGGGUCUUUGUCCCCGCUGGGGCAGGAGACACUAGAGAGGGGAUCCACACUGCACAUGGGAGUCUCCUCCCCAAGAUAAGUCCCUGGGAAUUAUUUUCAGCACUUUUUUUUUCUUUUUAAAAAUAUGUUUUCUGUCUUUUUUCUUUAAUGCACUGAAUACUUGGAAGUCAUCUUUACUUGCCUUUUCAGAAAGAGGACCUAACCAAACCGAAGUAAGUGUCAGGCCAUGAUGUUUGGCCAUGCCAGGGUCCAGAGGUCUGGAGGAGCCACUGCAAGAACCAGAAGAGUCCUCCUCUUCCAUGAUCCUUCCCUUCCCCUUCCCCUUCCCCUUCCCCUUCCCCUUCCUCUUCCCCUUCCAGGGGGUGGGGUGGGGGGCGGGCAGGGAAGACCCUUUGCUGUAUGGAAAACACCUAGGAAGCUGGGAAGAAAAAAACACCCCAAAACAACCAGAACAGGUAUUACCUGAUGAGCAGAGGGCAUCAUUGAUUGGCAGAAAAUUUUCCUAGUUUCAGUUGCUAGGUAUGCAAAUAGGUAAAUAUCUGCCACUGGGUCAAAGAAAGAAGAGUUUUGGUUUGAUCAUCUGUUUGGGGAGAAAAAUGCUCAGCAGAGCAGGUUUUUUCCUUUUUGUUGUUUUCCCACCCCACGCAGAAAUCAGGACUGGGGAAAGAUUUCGUUCCAUGCCAACAGACCCAACAUUGCAGCAUUUAUAAACUGUCACUUUUCAUGUGUAGAUAAUGCAUAUUUUACCGUUUAUCCAGCUGUUAACAUUUUAUAAUCUGUUCGUAACCUCAAGUUUAAAACCUGGUUUUAUAGCUAAAUAUGGUAACUGUCCCCAAACCAUUGAUAUUCUUUUAUGUGCCGUAACCUGCAGCAAUUCUGUUUUUGUUUUAUAUGGGUUCUCUGGCUUUCAGUGCACAAACAAACAAACAAAACUAUUGUGUUGCUGUUCCAGAGCAUUGGUUCUGCCUUGUCUUGGUAAGAGUCUGUUUCUUACACAAAAUCUUGAUUUUUCAGAGAUUUUACCUUUGUUAUAAAAAAUUUUGGAUUCAACCGUCCCUCAAUAUGGGGAUUCUAAAGUGAGGAACACACAACAAACAACAAUAGAAAAAUAUAGUUUUUCAUAUCAUUAGACUUCUGCUUUAUAGACUUAAGACUGAGACAGGUUAUGUUCAGAAUAUAACACUGGCAAGCGUAUAUAUCAUAAACACUUUAUGCCAAGAUUUUUUGAAAAGUGGCUUACUUUGUGUACAUUCUCUAUUAUUUGAGAUGAAAUAUUUAUUUCAGAAAGGGUUCCCAUAUGCCUCGGUAGUUUGAAUUAUAAACUGAAGCAGUUCCUAGAAUGCUGUUAGGGUCUAAUGAUUCUACAACAGUGUCUGAAAUGCACUUCAGAGCGUUUAAUCAAGAGACCAGAGUUUCUGCUAGGAAGUGACUCACGGUGUCAGGAAGAUAGACAUAUUCAAGGGAAACUACACAUGUAAAUGACAUCAACACUUCUAUAUAACUUUCGUUUUUCCAGAGAUUGCCUAAGUAAUGAACUGAUAUUACAUGUUUUUUAAGUUUGUUUUGUGUAAAGGAAAGAAUAAGAUAAGUAUACGAAAGCCUAUUUGAAUAAUAUGAAUGAAGUAACAAAAUAAAUAGUCAUCAAAGGAAAACAAAUUUGAGGCAGUUUUAAAAUCUCCAUUUUACAUCUGCAGUGAUUUGGUUAGAAGAGGUGGUAGAGAUUUGCCAAAUUUUUUGUUAGAUUACUGGCUUUUAUUGCAUUGUGUCAGAUUCUUAGUGUUAUUUCAAAGUAAUGUUUCAUUUUCUUGUGCUAUAGAUGAGGUCCUAUACUCAGGCAUAGCCUUAAGAACUCUGAAUACAUCAUUAGGAAUUCAUAAAGCAACUCACACUCACACGUGCUAAUGCACUCAACU